UAGGGAGUAUAUAACUUAUAAAGAUGCCAUUCAAUUUACAUAUUUUUUUAGGGGAAUCCAAUUUAUAUACUUUAUUUAAAGUAAGAAAUCAAUAACGGUUGCGCUUCCAUCAUCAAAUUUCAAUGGCUAUAUAACUAAUCACAUACUCUUAAGUCUUACCAUCCAUCCAUUAAUUUCACUCCCUCAAAAAAAAAAACAAAAAAAAAAACUUGAGAGAUCAUCAAUUUGUUCUUCCUGUCCAAAACAGAAAACCAAAGAAAGAAAAAUGGCAAAAGAGGUGAAGGUUUUGGGAUUAUGGCCAAGUCCAUUUGCGAUGAGGUCAAGAAUCGCACUCACCUUAAAAUCGGUAGAUUAUGAAUAUAUUGAAGAAACUAUGCAACCCAAAAGUGAGCUUUUGCUUAAAUCAAACCCUAUUCACAAAAAAAUCCCAGUUCUUAUACACAAUGAUAAGCCUGUUUGUGAGUCACUCAUCAUUGUUCAAUAUAUUGAUGAGACCUUUUCAUCUGGUCACUCUAUUCUUCCUUCUGAUCCUUAUGAUCGUGCCAUUCAACGCUUUUGGGCUGCUUACAUUGAUGAGAAGUGGUUCCCAACUUUGCAAUCAAUAGCUAGAGCAGAAAGUGAGGAUGCAAAAGCAACAAUAUUGGAGCAAGUGAAAGAAGGGUUGUCACUGCUUGAGGAUGCCUUUGACAAAUGCAGCAAAGGGAUGCCGUUUUUCAGCGGCGACAAAAUUGGAUAUCUUGACAUUGCUUUCGGAAGCCACUUAGGAUGGUUGCGCGUUGUUGAAAAAAUGAACAACGUUCUGUUGCUCAACCAGGAGAAGACACCAAACCUCCUUGCUUGGGCGGAGAGGUUUUGUGCUGAUGAUGCUGUCAAGGAUUAUAUGCCUGAGACUGAUAAACUUAUUGAGUUUGCCAAGUUUCUGAUGGCUAGGGCUAAGGCAGCUGCUUCCAGUUAAACUUAGAUGGCAUGAUUGUUCUCAUGGAAAUAAAGGGUUGUUAAGAUAGUAGUAUGUUGUUGUACCAGUUGAUGAUUAUAUGAAUGUAACUUGGAUAAUGUCUUUUGGAUUCGAAGUUUAUGUAUUAAGUCUCAGAUGGUUAGCGUGCGAGCGAGCAUGUUGGUUCUACGUUUGUGCUUUGGAUUGUUUAAUCUAUGUUACCCUGAGUUUUAUGCAUCUAUAAUUUUACUA